AUGAUUGCAGAAAUUGUAACGGUUUUAGUAACAAUUCCAACUGGAUUGAUUGCCUUUUAUGUUUGGCUUUUACAAAGUCGUAAAGGAACAUUGCCUAUAACGACAACGGAUUGUUCAUAUGAUCGUAAUAAAUAUGGACAUAUCCUUGAUUGGGAUAAACAUUGUUUAUCUAUUCAUGGAAGGCCCGUUUUGAUAUUUAGUGGAGAAUUUCAUUAUUGGCGGUUACCCGAUCGAUCGAGAUGGGAAUAUAUAUUGAAAAAGUAUCGGGCGGGAGGGUUUAAUUGCAUUCGAAUUUACUUUCAUUGGGGAUUUCAUAAUCCCGAUGAAGGUAUCUUUAAAUUUGAUGAUAAUAGGGAUGUUGAUUACCUGUUAAAUCUUUGUGAAAAGUUGGAACUUUAUGUUCUAGCGGCUCCGGGUCCUUACAUUUGCGCUGAAACGCAGGCCGGGGGAUUUCCCAUUUGGUUAGCUUCCAAAAAGCAAAAUAUCCGUCAUAUAAAAUUCACCGGAUUUAAAAAGUAUGACAACUAUUUCGCAGCCUAUGAAAAGGCUUGGUUCGAAAAUAUCUUACCAAUUAUAGCGCGUCAUCAAAUUACCGAAAAACCCGAUGGUUGCGUUAUCGCUCUUCAAAUCGAAAAUGAAUUGUUUGAUAAAGUUCGAAAAAUUCCAUUCGGUUUACAUGAUGAAAUGCGCUUCCUUUGCAAGGUGGCAAGGGAUUGUAAAAUUACGGUUCCCUUAUUUACGAAUGACCCGGAUGAAUCAGGUUCUUUCAUUGCAAAACCUGAAUACGAUGUGAAACCAUCAACUAGUUUCUUCAAUCGAAAAUCAUUCGUAUUUGUGCCGGCGAGUGCACCGGUCCCAUUUGAUUUUAAUAUCGAACAGGAUCCAAAGAGAUGGAAUCCUUGGGCACCUAAAGCAGUGAUGAAAGCAUUGGAUCAUCUUGAAAAAGAAGUACGAGGUUUUGGCCACGACGCGGCAAAAUCGCCUAUUUUAAUACCAGAAUUGCAAGGUGGAUGGUUUACAACAUACAAGUUGGAUCAUACUUUUGAUGAUGUUUACAAUUUCUAUGGGGAUCGUUUCACUCGAAUCGUUUAUGAUUCGGUUCUGGCACAGGGGUGCACUAUGCUUUCCAUUUAUAUGGUUUACGGUGGAACGAAUUGGGGAACGAUUGGAGACACUGAUGGAUACACUUCAUAUGACUAUUCCGCAUGUAUACGAGAAUUUGGCUACAUGUCUGGUCGUUUACGAAAUUUACGUCUUGGAUUUUUGUUUGCGCAAAGUUUUUCGGAUGUUUUUGCAAGAACCGAACGUGUUGACGUUCCAAGUGUUAAUGCAUCAGUCAAGGAUGUUUUCAAUCUACAGAGACAAACCGUGAAUGAUCAAAGUGGGCAAGGAAACGUUGUUGUAUUUACAUUUCUUCGAAAUUUUGCUGAAAAGAAACAUUAUCAAUUUCAACUUUUUGUUAAUCAUACGGAGAUCCAAGGAGAGACACAGACAUUCGCAAUGCAAUGUUAUUUACCAUACAAGAGUUCAUUUAUCGCUUUAGGUAAUUAUAUCACCUCAACAGGAUUGAAACUUAUUUUCUCUUCGAUUCCUAUUCACUUAAGGAUCUUACACCCACAAAGUGACGAUGAUUUGGGAAGGGAGAUAUGGAUAAUACCAGUCAAUGAUGUUGGCGAACUUGCUUUUGAGGGGGAAAUCAAUAUCGAAGGAAAUCUUCAACCAUCCAUAAGGAAAGUUGGUCAUUCCAUAAAUAUAAUAUCAUUUAAUGGUGGGAAAGGAUUUGCAAAGGUCAAGCAUGCCGAAGAUCCAAAAGAGCUCGUCAUCAUAGCUUUAGAUGAUGAUUCACUUGGCACGCUUCAUGCGGUUUUUGAUGAACCUCAUUGGGCUCAAGCGCAUAAUAAACCGGUCAACCUACCUCAUUCACCUUCCAUAGUUAGUUGGGGAACGCAGAAUUUUUAUUUUGAUUUCGAGAAUAACACCGCGGAGAUAGAAUACGGAGAGUACGAAAAGGGAGUGAGCAUAUUAUCAUUACAACGACCGUCUAUUGAUAUUCGUUUAGAUUCCAAUCAGACCUAUCCACUUCCAUUUAUUUAUAAGAAACAACUUACAGCAGGCGAUAAAUCAUCGGUCAUACAUACCACCCCAGAAUUAUUUGAUUGGAGUACACGCGUUACGGAAUUCUCGGACCUGGAGUGGCGACCGAUCGAACUGAAAAAUGGAGGGGCCGUUGAAAAUUAUUACACAUCGGGACAUGUAUUAUAUAGAACAAGCUUUCCAUCCGUGAAGUCGGAUAAGAGAAUACAAUUAAGUAUUAACAUGCGACAUCGAUGCACGAUAUUUGUCAAUGGAAAUUUCGCAGGAGGUCAUACGACGUUUAAUAGGAACUUUUUCUUUCCGGGGGCGAAAAAUGGACCCGAAAUAUUUACAUUUUUAGGAGGAAAUAAAUAUGAUAUUACGCAAUUUGUUAAAAAUUACGAUGAUAAUUUCGUAGUGAUAUUGGUUGAAAAUUUGGGCAUUAGUCGACAGUCGGUUAUAUUUAAUGAUGUGCACAAUCCAAGGGGGUUGAUCUCGGCGAAAAUCUCGGGGUUAUCGCGUGGAUCAAAAGUUGAAUGGGAAAUUUGUGGAGUUGACGUGAGAGGGUUAGAAAUACCGUUCAUCACGAGCGGUAUUCCUGAUGAACAUAAGAGAACCGGAUGGGUGAAAAGUAAGAGCGUAAAUGAAUACGGGGUGAUACCAAAUGAUGGAAUAAGAUGGUGGAGUUUUAAUUUUAGACAUCCCGUUGAUCAAAGAUACGAAGGGAUUAUAAUCGCACCAUUGAGAUUGGUUUUAUUUGGGUCAUUCACAUCAUAUAUCUUUUUAAAUGGUACAUUGAUUGGAAGGUAUUAUGGAAAUGGAGAUUGUUCACAACAUGACUUUUAUCUGAUGGAUGGGUUAUUGAAUUUUCAGGAAGAAAAUCGAAUUACGUUAAUGAUAUACGGUUGGGAACUUGUUCCUGAUAAGGAUAUUAAAGUUGAGGUCAGAGGCUGGGAAAUUGAUGAAGUGAAUAAAUCCGGUAACAUCAUUAGGAUACCAAAAGGUGUUGAAGAUAGUGAGUAUGACUUGAAAUCUUGGAUUGUUAUGAGGGAAAAGAUCAAGUUGAAAUAA